AUGAGGCACAGAGAAGUUCAGGAACUUGUGAGGACAGACAGGCUGGAGGCAGUGCUAAGAGCUGGGGACUCAACAAGGAGCAAAGCUGACCCUCUCACCUCCUGGAAGAGCGCCAUCGUCAAAUCCAGUGCUCCAGAAGAUAAGCUGGUCUUUGAUUCCCCUCCUCCUGUCUUCGCUGGCCGCUGUGGCUCUGCACUGGUGCGCCUCAUCCCUGCCCCCAGGGGCACUGGCAUUGUCUCGGCCCCCAUGCCUAAGAAGUUGCCGAUGAUGGCCAAAUCUGUGAACUGCUAUCGGGUCAACGUUCCUUGCAAGGUGACAGGCCGCUGUGGCUCUGUUCUGGUGCGCCUCAUCCCUGCCCCCGGGGGCACUGGCAUUGUCUCGGCCCCCGUGCCUAAGAAGUUGCCGAUGAUGGCCAGUAUUGACCUCUGCUAUACCUCGGCCAGGGGCUGCACUGCCACCCUGGGCAACUUCGCCAGGGCCACCUUUGAUGCCAUCUCUAAGACCUACAGCUAUCUCACCCCAGAUCUCUGGACAGAGACCGUGUUCACCAAGUCUCCCUACCAGAAAUUCACUGACCCGCUUGUAAAGACCCACACCAGAGCUUCUGUGCAGAGGGCCCAGGCUCCAGCUGUGGCCACCACAUAAUUUUUAUACAAGAAAAAUAAAGUGAAUUAAGCCUGCU